AUGUCCUUAUUGUCAAAUAAUACGUUAUGCAAGAAGUUUGAGUGUGGAACAUGUGGAAAAAUCUAUAAAAGACACUCUGGUUUAGAAAAUCAUAUAUUAAAAGUUAAAGAAGCUAAUACUAUGAGACCGACAGUUUAUGAUUUGCCUGAGAAAGCUAUUGAAGAAACGCGACAGGCUUUGGUUUAUCAUAUAAAAGAAAAACUAAAAAAAAAUUCAAGACAUGUUGGGGGUGUUCGUAUUAUGGUUAGUUGCACAGAAAGUCAAUUUUUUGGCGUUUUUAAAGGAUAUAUACACGAUUAUUAUCCAAAAACGGGAAAUUAUAAGUGUAUUUUUAAAGGUGUUAGUUCUUACCAUACGCUAUCAAAUGUAUUGGGAGAUGAUAAUUGGGGUAUCAAAUAUUUUUCACAGCAACAACAAACAUUUGUUUUAUCAUACCAACAAUCACCAAAUCCGAAUGAUCCUGAUCCUCUCCAAGAACCUGAUCCUCUUCAAGAACCUGAUCCUCUUCAAGAACACGAUCCUCUUCAAGAACACGAUCCUCUUCAAGAAUCUCUACAAGAUCAAAAUAAGACAUCAAUGCAUACAGCUAAAAAACGACGAAUAUAUAAACCUAAACCCAUACAAAUCGUGAUUUGCUGGAAGAGAAAAACAAAAUCAGAUGUGCGUAGUAUUGUAUAUUCAUCAGGGUUUAUUUUUAUAAAUUUUACAAUUUCACGUACAAGAGUUAUAGAAAAUUUUUAUUAA